AUGGAUUUUGAAUACUUUCGGAUGGUAUUGAAUGACUUCACUAUGAAAGAAUUACUUAUUAUUAAUUGGCUUGAUAAUAAUUUGGACAAAAGUAUAAAUGAUCGUCAAUCAAAAAUUUUAUAUUUAUUACUGGAAUUUUGUGAUGAUGACAUGAAGGAGUGGACAAUAUUGAAAGUUGAACAAGCAUUAAUGGCUAUUAAUGAAUUAGGGUUUUUGAAUCGAAACGAAGAGAAAAAGUUGGAUAUCUGUUUGCGUACUUACUUACGGUCGGAAAAAUGUUCCAACAUAAUUGUUACGCCAUUUGUUAAAAUAUGUUGUGGCAGCCGAUUAAAUAUGAGUACUGAACGCAAUAUAACAGUUUUUAAUAACAAUAAUUCGUAUAUCGCAACAAUAAUGACCGGUUAUUGUGAAGAAUGUAAAAGGAAAUAUUCCCACAAUUAUUUUAUUGAAGAUAAACAGAAAUUUGUUACACAUGAAUCUAUACUUGAUAGUCAAAUAGUGUAUCUGGGUGGCGAAUAUGCUUAUGAAAAAACACUUAUCAAGCUUUUAUCAAAUUCUAUCUUGUAUUUGCACAGUGGAUUCGAAAACUUUACUAAGUGUUAUAACGAAACCAAGAAUUCCAAUACUAAUAAUCUUGAUUCUAAUGAAGGAAAUUUGUCUCCGACUCGACUACAAGACUUCUGGUUUCUGUACAAUUUCGUUACUUUUUCAUUUUUUUACGCCAAUUCUGAGCAGUUAAAAAUUCCUAGUAGCUGUGAUCGUCAAGAAUUAGUUGCAUUGAUGGAUGAAAACUAUGAAAACAUGAAUAGUUGCUUUGUAAAUUUUUGGUCUCUUCAUAAACGACGGCACAGUUGUGGAUCUAAUUGUUCAAGAGCUUUUGUAUGCGAUGGGUUUCAGAAACCAAGCCGCUUUAUAUGCAGUAAUGUAAAGAAAAGUAGUUACAACGAAGAACUUGGUCUUGUACAAGUUGGCUGCGGUAAUCGUCCCGACUAUGACGUAAAACGGAAAAAAGAUGAAACUGAUAAUGAUGAAUCCAUACUUCUACCCACUAAUAGCAAAGACAUGAACAUAAGAACGGCUUUAUGUAGAGCAUGCAAAUCAAAUCCUACACCCGAAUACAUUGAAGAAGAAUUUAUUACGAAUAGCGAAUGCAAUAUCGAUCGGAAUCCACGCUUCGUUAACGGAAAAGUUAGGUCUUAUGGUGUCAUUUACACAAUGUACAAUUGUGGUAUUGUUGUAGAUUUCUUAGAAAUCAACUUGUCCGAACAAGUAUAUGUGACUUUAUUGCAUUGGAUGAACAUGUUAAGAAAAAUAAAGGAUUUAUCCGCAAUACCAAGAAUAUUUAUAUACGAUAACGCGUGUAGUGUUUGGAUUUAUUUUAAAAAACGUCUUCACGAGAACAAAACAAUAGUUCCGACAGAAUUAGCCUUGUUCCUCGAUUCUUGCGACUUAUACAUAGAUCGCCUACAUCAAAAAACACAUACUCGUCCAAUGUGUCUCAAAGAUCGAAAUAUCAACACAAGGCCAGAUUUAGCUGAUGUCAAUACUGUAAUAUGCGAACAAACUAAUUCAUGGUUAAAACAGUACUUAAAUAUGUUAUGCAAAUUUUCGGGAGAACGCUCGAAGUUUUACUAUUUAUUUCUGUUUCAUCUUUUAAACUGUAAACGGUCCUCUUUUGAUCCAGAAAAACAUUUUAACAUGAAAACGUUUUAAAAAUAAAAAUAUUUUGUUCAUUAUUGGUGCAGCUUUCCACUUUCAGGAGAACGAAUAAAGGGAGUAAAAGGAGUAAAGGGAGUAAAGGGAGUAAAAGGACUAAAGGGAGUAAAGGGAGUAAAGGGAGUAAAAGGAGUAAAGGGAGUAAAAGGAGUAAAACGACUAAAAGGAGUAAAGGGAGUAAAGGGACUAAAGGGACUAAAGGGAGUAAAAGGAGUAAAAGGAGUAAAAGGAGUAAAGGGAGUUCAAUAUAUGUAUAGUUUGGUAAAACGGGAUAAAAUAAAUUUCUCGUGGACCCCUCAAAUUUUCUACUAGAUUUCUAUAAGAUCCUAUGCGUAACUCGAUAUCACUAUAACUAACAUAUUUUCUAGAGGUUGCCAUUGCGUAAAAUUUCUUUUGA